GUUUCCGGUACGGAUCGGGUAGCGACGGGUGUGUGACGGGUUUCAAUGUCACGUGGCCGCUCAGCUGCGCUGUCAUGUGAUAGAGAAUGCGUCUCCAUAGCUAGCGCUCAGGAUGGACUGCAGAGAGUCGGCGCUAUUAGUGUCCGUUCUCUUUCUGGCUUUGGAUUUGUGCUCUGCUCAGAAUUAUGUCCUGAGCGAUGACGGGGGGCUGGGAAGGGUCUUUGACGGAAUUGGAGGUUUAAGCGGCGGAGGGGCGACGUCUCGGUUACUGGUGAGUUAUGCCGAGCCGUACCGCAGCCAGAUACUAGACUUCCUGUUUAAGCCAAACUUUGGAGCUUCUUUGCACAUUCUGAAGGUGGAGAUCGGAGGAGAUGCUCAAACUACUGAUGGAACAGAGCCGUCUCACAUGCACUAUGAAAAUGAUGAGAACUACUACAGAGGCUACGAGUGGUGGCUUAUGAAAGAGGCCAAGAAGAGGAACCCAAAUAUCAUACUCAUAGGUUUGCCCUGGGCGUUUCCCGGUUGGGUGGGCCAUGGCAAGAACUGGCCCUAUGACUACCCGGAUGUCACUGCAACAUAUGUGGUGAACUGGAUCCUUGGUGCCAAGCAGUACCAUGACCUAGACAUUCAGUAUGUUGGGAUCUGGAAUGAGAAAAGCUUUGACAACAAGUACAUUAAGGUGCUCCGGAACAUGCUGGAUAAAGUUGGUCUACCUGGUGUUGGCAUCAUCGCAGCAGACGGCGAUUGGAGUGUCGCUAAUUCUAUGAUCCUUGACCCAUAUCUUAAAAAUUCUGUUGAUGUGAUUGGGGCUCACUAUCCAGGUACCACCACAAUAACAGAGGCCCUGAAGACACAGAAGAAGUUGUGGUCGUCAGAGGACUACAGCACCUUUAACAAUGAGGUGGGAGGAGGCUGUUGGGCUCGGAUCCUCAACCAGAACUAUGUCAAUGGACAAAUGACUGCCACCAUCUCCUGGAAUCUGGUGGCCAGUUAUUAUGAGGAUCUCCCAUUCGGCAGGGACGGGCUCAUGACAGCUGAGGAGCCCUGGAGUGGCAACUAUGUGGUCGAGUCUCCAAUUUGGAUCACGGCUCACACCACACAGUUUACCCAGCCAGGAUGGACCUACCUGCAGACUGUUGGACAUCUGGCACAAGGUGGAAGCUAUAUUGCCUUGACUGAUGGGAAGGGAAAUCUCACUGUUGUCAUAGAAACGAUGACUCACAAUCAUUCAGUGUGCAUAAGACCUCCACUACCUCCCUUUAAUGUAACAUCCCAAAAUGCAACUUUCCAGCUAAAGGGUCUUUUAUUAUUUAUUUCUUCUUAGGCAUCCAUUAAAGAGCUCCAAGUGUGGCGGUCACAGUUUGACUUUAAGACGAGCAAGGCUUCCUUUUUUGAGAAACUAAAACCACUGAAGCUUGUAGAUGGCUUGUUUACCCUGAAUCUGGCUGAAGACGAGGUUUACACACUGACCACUAUUAGUACAGGAAGCAAAGGCAGCUAUCCCGACCCACCUCCCUCAGCUCCCUUCCCUAAAGUGUACAAGGAUGACUUUGAUGUUCGAAGCCCACCUUUUUCAGAAGCUCCAUACUUUGCUGAUCAGACAGGAGUGUUUGAGUACUACAUUAACCUGACUGAUCCUGGACCUCACGUCUUCACCUUAAGACAGGUUCUGACAGAAAGGCCCAUCACAUGGGCAACGGAUGCUGAUCAAACCAUUAGUGUCAUCGGAGACUAUUACUGGCAGAACCUGACAGUGACAUGUGACGUCUUCAUGGAGAAGAUGAAUGCUGGUGGUGUGUUCAUAGCAGCCAGAGUGGAUAAAGGGGGACAGUCAAUCCGCAGUGCUAAAGGAGUCUUCUUCUGGGUGUUUGCUGAUGGCACCUACAAAGUUACCAAUGAUCUUGUUGGCGAGACUGUACUCGCAGAGGGACAGUCUGGUACUGAGGUAUAUGGCUGGUACACCUUGUCACUCACUGUAAAAGGACAGUAUGCAUCAGGGUCACUGAAUGGAUACCCUCUGUGGAAGAAUGCUGUGGUACUGACCCCAAAGGCUGGCUGGGCUGCCAUAGGAACACGCUCAUUUGAACUGGCCCAGUUUGAUAACUUUGCUUUGGUGGCAGAGUGAUUAAUUUACUUUAAAUCAUGAUUUACACUAUGCUAUGAAUGUUCUGAUUCAUUUAUGGACUUGAUUAGUACUUUACAGCCGAUAGCUUCAAGCAUGUUUGUAAAAUUUGGGGCGAUGUAUUGACAGAAAUGGGUUGUAAUAUUUAAUUAGCAUGUAACCACGCGUAAUUAUCAUUGUGGUUUCUGUUCAGGACUGAGUCUUGAUAUGACAGGAUCAUUCCAACAAAAACAAUGUCUUUCUACAGCUCACAGCCAACAAAACACUGGUUUAAGACCUUUCUUUGAAGAAAUGCCUUCAAAUAAGGACUUCAAGAUAAGGCUGGAAAUGUGUUGGGGGCAUAACUUGUAGUGAGUCGUCUGUUUGUAGCACAUUAGAAUCCAUCACACUUGUACAGCCUGGUGUUAGAAUCAAACGACCAUAUUAGUAUUUGGUGUUAGCCGUGUAGUUGGCUUGUCACUACCAUAGGAGCAUCCCUCAGUUUCUCAGUGGGCUCCACCCCUCACUUGUUGCAUCUGUUUUCAAAACAGCUAAGUUUCAACACCUCAAACUUCUUGGAAGUAAUUCUUAAUGUCUUGGCGGUUGCCUCCAUCUCCAUCUUUUUAUAUACAGUGUAUGUGGAGGAAAAAAACGUAUCAGAUGGCACUGAAUCCUGGAACUUUGUUUGAUGUGAUUGUAAAUGAUUUUUAGUGUGACUUUAUCUUGUCUUAACUGCUUUGAAUAAAUCAAAUAGAAAGCCAAA